GCUUUUCACUCUUGCACACCCUUCACUCCCCUUGCGGCUAGGGUUUUUCCCUUCUUUCUUUCGUUUCGUUCUGGUUCAUCCCUGAAUCUAUGUGGCAUUCCAUGGAAUUUUUACUUUUAUAGCGUUUAGUGGUCGCUUUCUCUUUGGUAUAACUCUGUUGAGAAGUGGGUUCAUUUGUGUAUUAUUGUAUUCUGUAAUGGCGACCUUGAACCCUUUUGAUUUGUUGGGCGAUGACGCUGAGGACCCGUUGCAGCUAAUAGCUGCUGAGGAGCAGAAGGUUGUAUCUGCACCCAAGAAAGCUCCUGGGCAGGACCAUGGCAAGCCGGGAGUUCGUGCUCUGGCUCAGCAGAACAAGCCUGCUCAAUUGCCUACAAAGCCUCCCCCACCAUCUCAGGCUGUGAGGGAGGCAAGGAAUGAAACUCCUCGUGGAGGCCGUGGAGGUGUACGAGGAGGCGGCAGUGGAUAUGGACGUGGUCGUGGAGGAAGGGGUUUUAAUCGUGAUUUUUCUAAUGAUGAGAACUCAUUCAGUGGCAGUGGAGGCCUUGCUGGUCAAGGUGCUCUUGUAGAUGGAGAAACUGGGAAGCCUGUAGAAAGACAUGGUUAUGGUGGACCUCGUGGAUCUUUCCGUGGCGGACGUCGUGGUGGAUUUAGCAAUGGAGAAGGUGGCGAAGAGGGACGCCCACGGAGGGCUUUUGAUCGCCGCAGUGGCACUGGACGAGGAAAUGAAUUCAAGCGUGAAGGUGCUGGGCGUGGUAACUGGGGAACACCAGAUGAUGAACUUGUGCAGGCAACUGAGGAAGUUGUGAAUGACAGUGAAAAGAAUUUGAGUGAUGAGAAGCCGGCUGAGGAAAAUGUAGGAGAUGAUAACAAGGAGAGUCCUGCUAAUGGAGAUGAAGAAAAAGAGCCUGAGGAUAAGGAGAUGACUUUGGAGGAAUAUGAGAAAGUUCUGGAAGAAAAAAGGAAGGCCUUGCAAGCACUGAAGACUGAGGAGAGAAAAGUUGACACUAAAGAUUUUGAAUCCAUGCAGCAGCUGUCAAGCAAGAAAGACAAUGAUGACGUCUUCAUUAAAUUGGGAUCUGAAAAAGACAAGCGCAAAGAGGCUUUCGAGAAGGAAGAGAAAUCUAAGAAGUCUGUCAGCAUAAACGAGUUUCUGAAGCCUGCUGAAGGAGAAAGGUACUAUAACCCAGGUGGUCGUGGUCGGGGUCGUGGACGUGGUUCGAGAGGUCAUGGUGGCAAUAUGAGCCACAAUGUGCAAGCUCCACUGAUUCAAGAUCCUGGGCAGUUCCCAACCUUGGGUGCCAAGUGAGCUUUUGCUUAUCCAUGCUGACAAACUCGCCCCUUGUUUCAAUUUUGGGUCAUGUGCUUUCUUCUAAAUCAGGAGAACUAUGCUAAUUGGAUUUCCUCUCUAUUAGCAGGUUAUUUAAAGUUUAUGCCUUAAAAUGUAAAUUUAUGUUGUUCUUCACAUGAUUUCAUCCUCCCUCUCUAGCUUUUUUAUUGUUACUGUGCUUUCUUUAACUCUGUCUGACCUUGGGGGUAUGUCUCGCUGGAUAAACAUGUUGCUGAGUUUAAUUUCUUAAAUAUAUCCAAUAUUCAGUUUUGCUUAAAAA